AUGGGCCACUUAUUCUCUGCCGGUUCCGCCGUCAGAAGGAGAGCACUCGCCAUCCUGGGCGUCACGCUGGUGGCGGCCUGCGCACACGGCCUCUUCCCCUUCCUCCGGAGAGGCCAGGACCUCCUAUGGGGACGCAGCGGAGACCCUCCUGUCGUCAGCGUCGUGGAGGAGACCAGACGCAUGGUGGACCGUGCCAUCUACCACACCGUGAAGAGAGACCUCAGCCAAAGAGGGGUCCCGUCUCCGUCACAGCUUCUGUCUUUCUCCAAACGCCCUGAGCCGACCAGCCGAGCCAUAUCCCGUGCGGCCGAGAUCAUGGAAGCUUCCGUGCAGGCCCUGAAGACGAGAGUCUCCGGGAAGCUCCGGGGAUCCUGGCCUCCCACAGAUGUCCUGCCGGAAGAUGUGCUGAACACAGUCGCGAACGUGUCCGGAUGCCUGCCCUACAUGCUGCCCCCCGAGUGCCCGGACACCUGCCUGGCCCACAAGUACCGGCUCGUCACCGGCGCCUGUAACAACAGAGACCACCCCCGGUGGGGAGCGUCCAACACGGCGCUGGCGAGGUGGCUGCCGCCCGCCUACGAAGAUGGCAUCAGUGAGCCCCGGGGCUGGAACCCCCACCUCCUGUAUGGUGGCUUCCCGCUGCCCCCGGUCCGGGAGGUGACAAGACAAGUCAUUCAGGUCCCCAACGAGGCUGUCACUGAGGACGAGCAGUAUUCUGACCUCCUGGCGGCGUGGGGACAAUACAUCGACCACGACAUUGCGUUCACCCCCCAGAGCACCAGCAAAGCUGCUUUUGGGGGAGGAGCUGACUGCCAGCUGACGUGUGAAAACCAAAACCCAUGUUUUCCCAUACAGCUGCCCAGCAACGCCUCGGGGAGCGCUGGCGGCUCCUGUUUGCCGUUCUACCGAUCCUCUGCUGCCUGUGGCACCGGGAUGCAAGGCGCCUUCUUCGGGAACCUGAGCUCGGCCAACCCGCGACAGCAGAUGAACGGGCUGACGUCUUUCCUGGACGCGUCCACGGUGUACGGCAGCUCCCCGGCCUUGGAGAAACAGCUGCGCAACUGGACAAGCCCCGAGGGGCUGCUCCGGGUCAACACGCGCCACCGGGAUGCCGGCCGCGCCUACCUGCCCUUCGCACGGCCCACUGCCUGCGCGCCUGAGCCCGGCCCCCACGGGACGGUCACCGCGCCCUGCUUCCUGGCGGGGGACAGCCGAGCCAGCGAGGUGCCCGCUCUGACGGCCCUGCACACGCUGUGGCUGCGCGAGCACAACAGGCUGGCCUCGGCGCUCAAGGCUCUGAACGCGCACUGGAGCGCCCACACGGCCUACCAGGAGGCGCGCAAGGUGGUGGGCGCCCUGCACCAGAUCAUCACCAUGCGGGAUUAUGUCCCCAAAGUCCUGGGCCCCGAGGCCUUCCUGAAGUACGUGGGCCCUUAUGAGGGCUACGACCCUGCCGUGGACCCCACCGUGUCCAAUGUGUUUUCCACGGCUGCCUUCCGCUUUGGCCACGCCACCGUGCACCCCCUGGUGAGGCGGCUGGACGCCCACUUCCAGGAGCCCCCGGGCCUCCCCCCGCUGCGGCUGCAGGACGCCUUCUUCAGUCCCUGGAGGCUCCUCAAGGAAGGGGGUUUGGACCCCCUGGUGAGGGGCCUCCUGGCGAGACCAGCCAAGCGGCAGGUGCCGGAGCCGCUGAUGAACGAGGAGCUGACGGAGAGGCUGUUCGUGCUGGGCAGCUCGGGCGGGCUGGACCUGGCGUCCAUCAACCUGCAGCGGGGCCGGGACCACGGCCUGCCAGGCUACAAUGCGUGGAGGGAGUUCUGCGGCCUGCCCAGACCGCAGACGCGGGCCGACCUGCGCACCGCCCUGGCCAACGCCAGCAUCGCGGGCCGGAUAAUGGACCUGUACGGGCACCCCGACAACAUCGACGUCUGGCUGGGCGGCCUGGCCGAGACCUUCCUGCCCCAGGCGCGCACGGGUCCGCUGUUCGCGUGCCUCAUCGGGAGACAGAUGAAGGCCCUGAGGGACGGAGACCGGUUCUGGUGGGAGAGCAGCGGGGUGUUCACCGAGGCCCAGCGGCGCGAGCUGGCGAGACAUUCCCUGUCCCGGGUCAUCUGUGACAACACGGGCCUCCCCAGCGUGCCUGCUGAUGCCUUCCUAACCGGGAGAUUCCCGCGGGACUUUGAGGCGUGCGAGAACAUUCCGGGUCUGGACCUGGACGUGUGGAGGGAGCCCCCGCCUCAAGGUGACGCAUGUGGCCUUCCCGACGGCGUGGACAACGGGGACGUCACGCUCUGUGGAGAGACUGGACGGCGCGUGCUCGUGUUCUCCUGCCGGCACGGGUUCCAGCUGCAGGGCCGGGAGCAGGUGGCCUGUGCUCCCCGCGGCCUGCUCCGGCCACCCGUGUGCCGAGAUGUCAAUGAAUGUGAAGACGUGACAGCCCCUCCCUGCCACCCAUCGGCCCGGUGCAGGAACACCAAGGGCGGCUUCAGCUGUGAGUGCACAGACCCCUACGUGCUGGCGGAGGACGGGACGACGUGCGUAGACUCUGGGAGGCUCCCGAAGGCGUCCUGGGUCUCCAUCGCCUUGGGCGCCCUGCUGGUUGGCGGCCUGGCAGGUCUCACCUGGACGGUGGUUUGCAGGUGGGCACACGCCGGCCGGAAAGCCUCGCUGGGCAUCGCAGACUCGGGUGGAAGAGGAGCCUGCCAGCGGGGUCUCCGCACGUGCCAGGACACGAACGGGUCACAAUCUGCGGCCGCCACUCGGGGCGCAGGGCAGACCAGGAGGCCAUCACGGGGACCCUGGUCCCCUGACCCCGCGUGGCUGCCCACGCCGGCCCGGUCCUCUGUGCAUGCGCUCGCUGUGCGGUCCCGGCGCGUCAAGCUGCGUUCUUCCGGGAGGAUGACGUGUGACAAGUGUAACCUGCUUCGUUCAGAAAGUGCAGACGCACUAGAACGACUACCUCUAAGCCACGGACGCUCCAUGCCUGUGUCCCCUCCCCGCUACAUCCCCUCCUGGAGGUGUCCCCUCCUGGCAGUGUCCCCUACCGGCAGUCCUCCUUGCGGGCAGCAGUGGGAGGAGGUUGGCUCUUCAGAUCUGUGUCGCCCUGAGGGGACUGCCAGGCCCCGCUCCGGACACCUGGCACACCCCCAGUGUUGCUUCGCGCAGGAGCUGGGGCCCAGAUCUUACAGCCGUCAGUACGACAGUCUCAGCGAUUCAGCUGCUACCAGAGGCCCCCUGGGGAAAGCCCACUGGUCCCCUCACCACGAGGAGCCCACGUCCCCCUCGGAGUCCGCAAACAUCGUGGAGCGCGUGCUCCCGGGCCUCGGACAUGAGGAGCUGGUCUUUCGUGUCGUGGUGCCCGUGUGCUUAGUGUCGCCUCAUAAGCUCCUGAUGAACAACCAGGGAGCCAGAAGGGACAGUCCCGGAUCCAGAGCAGCUGAGUCCGGGUACGAGCUGGGAACUGCUCUGCGUCCGGAGGAGGGCUGGCAACGCCGUCCCCGUGGCUCUUUGCCCAUCCACCUGCCCGUCCACCUGGAACCAACCGCCCCAGCAUCUCCACCAAAGCUGGACUCCCGAUGCAGCAGGUCCUGGCAGCCAGGACAGCCCAGCCUCCACCGGAAGCCAGCGCAGGUGCCCAGUCAGAAGCUGGGGAGCCGGUCACGUGGACACCGCUGCGUGUGCUGGGGACCCGCGGGGGACGCCGCCGCCUCCCUGGGCAAACCAGGCGGGGAUGGAGACUCACUGCACGCGGACCCUGACCUGACCUCCAAGCGCCCCGACCCCCAUGCACCCCAACAUCCACACUCCCUGACCUCCAGGUCCCCUGACCUCCGGGCACCCCGACCUCCGCACGCCCGCUGCACCUGGAACCUCCGGGGCAAGCCGCGCGGGAGGCUCCGCGGUCUCCGCCGCUGCCCAGAGCUCGAGCUCCUGCUGCACGUGAGUCUCUACGCCGCGCAGCAAGUUCGCGCCAAAAGGAACUCCCGCGCCCUCCGCGGGGCCCGGGUCAGGCGACCUGGGGACCAGCGCACGCCAGGCUCUGCGCGGAGGGACCCUCGGCCUCUGGGGGACGGGGCUGGGAUCGUGGGGCGGGGUGGGGACAGGGAUGGGGAGGCCAGCCUCCCCCCAACCGGCCAACCCUCCCCACCGGCCAACCCAACUGCCCACAAGUACAGAGCUCCACGGUCCCUGUCACAACCUGACUCGGAGGCGGCGGGGAGGGUGGAGGACGAGUGGUGCCGGACAGAGGGGCUCCCGAAGCGGGAGGGCUCACUGCCGGCCCGGACCAGCCAGAGAAGGGCCCCGCGGCUCCUGGACCGCACCCAGGGUGGACAUUCGCUCAAGAACCGGGUUCCCACCCCUUUCCCGGCCCGUGGAGCUUCCAGAGGGAGGAAUAACAUCGGCAGCGACAGGCUGACGGGCAGCAGGGACCGGACCGAGAACGGCCAGGACGGUCUUCAAGAGGACACGGCCGACGGGCCCCACUCCCAGACACGAACCACGACCAUGUGGUCUCGGUGCAGGAAACCAGGUGAAGCAGCCCCUCAGGGACUGCACGUGUCCAGCCCCGACUGA